GCCCGCGACAGUAAACAGUCUCCAAGUCAACGAAGCAGCGGCAAGUCGCGCUCCGUUCACCUACCGCACUACACGCGUCCAAGGUCCCUCCCGCAGAGACCCACAGAUCGUCGUAGCGUUACCCUCCGAACGCUCGCCCACGCCGUCUCUACCUGCUUUAUGCUCAAGGACUGCCCGCAACACCAGUGGAUCACCGCCCGUAGUCACGAAACCCGCGCCGUCUCCUGUCAACACACGUAAGCGCCUGACGACAACGUAUCGAAGAAGAAUCAACAUGAGCGACGGACGCCUGUCCGCCGCCGCCGAGGGCGAUGGCUUCGCGGCCUUGAGCUCGGCGACGCUCGCCCACGUCCUCGGCUACCUCGACGUGCGCGACAAGGUGCGCUUCUUGAGCACGAGCCGCACGAAUGCCCGCGAGCCUCUGGUACGUCGCAUGCAGUCGUUUUGCGGCGCCUGCGACGCGUGCAAGGCCAAGACCGAGUACCUCUGCGCGUCGUCCCGCGAGCGCGUCUGGACCGCCGAGACGUGGGCCAGCAUCUUCCAGCGAUUUGGCCGCGGAAUCGAAGAGCUGCACCUCGUUGGCUGCGACGGUAUCGAGCCGAGUGUCUUUGAAUCGCCCGAGGCCCUGGCAAUGCUGCAGAACAUUGUCGUCCUCCGUCUCGAGCGCUGCGCGAAUUUGCCCGUCGCGUCGAUCGCAAAGCUUGCCCAGUUUUGCACGCGGCUCCGUGAAGUGCGCCUCCAUGAUCUUGGCAUUGAUGACGCGACCGUGUCUGCGAUCGUCUCGGCGAACGCGUCGACCUUGCGCGUCCUCGACCUCCAGGGCUGCCAUGCGAUUACAGGCACUUGUUUGAACGCAGUCGGUGGCUCGGCCGUCGAAGAUCUUAGCCUCCAGAACUGCCACAACGUUGCAAUGACGCAUUUGGAGGCCGCGGCGCCGCUUUGCGGCCACAUGAAGCGCCUCAACUUGCGUUUUUGCCACAAGGUGACCGACAGUGUCGUGGCUUGUAUUGCAAAGCACAUGCCGCUGCUCGAAGACGUCAACCUGCGCUACUGCUACAAGAUGACGGACGCUGCCGUCUCGGCGCUCUGCGCGGGCACGCCCAAGCUCCGGAGCUUGAACUUGUCGCAGUGCUGGCGACUCACGGACGCGGCAAUCUGGGAGCUCGCCAAAUCGCUCUCGUUGCUGAAAGAGCUCCGGCUCUGGGGCUGCAUGAAGCUCACGUCGUCGUCCGUCGUCGCGUGCUUGACGCUGCCGAGCCUGACGCUUGUCGACAUUCGCAGCCGUGACAAGCUCGAGGCGGUCAUUGGAGGCUUUUCGACCGUCAAGCACGUCAUGGAGAGCCACCGGUCGACGUUGCUCAAGUGGGAGCAGAGCGGCGACAAGGUCGGCGUCUUCCACCGCAAGGCCUUUGUGCCCCAGCGUGCGCAAGUGCUCCAGCGCUGCUAAUGCGAUGCAUAUUCAUUGACCGGCUUGAAAUUGGCGACGUGCCUUGUAUAUUUUGAUGGAUAACACAAAUUCAUGUCAUCUUGCAUAUCGU